AUGUCUGAACAAGUCAAGCUCUUCGUCCCAGCUACUUUCGUUUCCUUCCGCCGCUCAAAGCGCAUUAUUAAGCCAAACCAGGCUCUCCUUGAAAUCCAGGGUGUAGUUUCCAAGGAAGAGGCCCAGUUCUAUGCUGGCAAGAAGGUUGCUUCUAUCUGGAAGUUCGACAAGCAGGAGUUCAUCAACUGGGGUGUUAUCACACAGCCACACGGUAACUCUGGUGUUGUCCGCGCUAAGUUCGAGAAGAACCUUCCACCACAGAUGCUCGGCAAGCAAGUCCGCGUUAUGCUCUACCCAAGCACAAUUUAA